AUGCUACUCCGGCGCACACGACUUGACCUCCUGCUGUGGCUACUACUCUUAACAGGUGUUUCCCAGGCGUGCAUCAAGACUUCCACGUACUACAGAUCGCAGUUCCGCUCACAGACGCACGUCUUUGUGCCCGAGGAGUACCGUCCAAUGAGACCGGAGCGCAGUCUGGAGGCCAGUGGGCCUCUGGAAGCACAGGAUUUUCAGACGGCCAUCCCAACAACUCGACUUGUUCGCGUGGACGUACCCAACCUCCAAUUCGCCAGUGAGGAAGCCAGGUGGAUGACGAAAGUUUCCGGGUGUGAGGACAGUUGGUCGAGCGUGAUGUACCAGGUCCUUCCGUCAACUAACACGAUUUUUUUGCACUAG